UCUUUCACAUUCUAUACACACACAUAGAGAAGUAGCAAAUACACUUAGCAAAAAUAGAUAGAAAGAAAGGACACAAUACAUAAAAAAAAGAUUUAUUUUCUUCACAAGGUUGAAAAAAAAACACAGAAGAAAAAAAGGAACAAAAAUGAGACGCAAUAGCAUAGACAUGGAAAAGGAAAGAAUAACGGCCGAGAUGGACUUCAAGGAUUCGUCCUCGGCCGUCAUCAAAAUCCGGCGAAAGCUGCCGGAUUUUCUCCAAUCCGUGAAGCUCAAGUAUGUCAAAUUAGGGUUAUUAGGUUAUGGCUAUUCGUUGAAUAUCACCACCAUUUUCAUCAUCAUCUUUGUCAUGGUUCCACUCUUCAUCUCAUUCUCAUCAUCACCAUUUCUUCAACUCAAGGAUCUCAAUUUGGACAAGCUCUUAGAAUUUUGGUCAAACCUAAUUGCUCAACCGCCGGUUUUGGCUUUGGAUAAGCUUAUUCAGCUUGUUGCGCCGCCGUUGUUUUUCUUCCUCCUCGCCUUCUACUUGGCCAAACGCUCCAAGCCGGUGUACCUCGUGGAUUUCGCAUGCUAUAAGCCCGAGGAAGAGCGAAAGAUAUCCGUGGAGUCAUUCCUUAACAUGUCUGAAGAGAGCGGUGAAUUUCAAGAUGAGACUCUUCAAUUUCAAAGAAGAAUUUCAUCACGUGCUGGUCUUGGAGACGAGACAUAUCUUCCUAAAGGAGUUAUGUCUCGUCCACCAAGACUAUGCAUGGAAGAGGCACGUGCCGAAGCAGAAGCUGUGAUGUUUGGUGCUUUAGAUGCUCUGUUUGCUAAAACAGGGGUUAAUCCAAGAGAUAUAGAUAUUGUGGUUGUGAAUUGUAGCUUGUUCAAUCCUACUCCAUCACUCUCAGCCAUGAUUGUCAACCACUACAAGCUCCGAACCAACGUGAAGACCUACAACCUUGGUGGCAUGGGUUGCAGUGCUGGCCUCAUUUCUAUUGACAUGGCCAAGGACCUUCUCAGAGCUAACCCUAACUCUUAUGCCAUUGUUGUCAGCACCGAGAAUAUAACCCUCAAUUGGUAUUUUGGUAAUGACCGUUCCAUGCUUCUGUGCAAUUGCAUUUUCCGGAUGGGUGGCGCCGCCGUCCUCUUGUCGAACAAGCCGUCGGAUCGAAGUAGAUCAAAGUACCAAUUAGUCCACACAGUUAGAACACACAAGGGAGCCGAUGACAAGAACUACAAUUGUGUCUAUCAAAAAGAAGAUCAAAAUGGAAAGGUCGGCGUCUGCCUGGCGAAGGAGCUGAUGGCCGUUGCCGGCGAUGCCCUAAAGACAAACAUAACAACAUUAGGGCCUAUGGUGCUACCCUUCUCGGAACAAUUCAUGUUCUUAGUUUCAUUGAUUAGAAAGAAAAUGGGGGCCAAGGUGAAACCCUACAUACCUAAUUUCAAGUAUGCUUUUGAGCAUUUUUGCAUCCAUGCAGGUGGUAGGGCUGUGCUUGAUGAAUUACAAAAGAAUCUUAGUCUUGAAGAAUGGCAUAUGGAACCUUCUAGAAUGACACUUCAUAGAUUUGGAAACACAUCAAGUAGUUCAUUGUGGUAUGAAUUAGCUUAUACUGAAGCCAAGGGAAGAGUUCAAAAAGGAGAUAGGGUUUGGCAAAUUGCAUUUGGAUCAGGUUUUAAAUGCAAUAGUGCUGUUUGGAAGGCCUUAAGAGUUAUCAACCUUGAACAAGAUUGGAGGGGAAACCCUUGGGAUGAUUCCAUUGAUAAGUACCCUGUUCAACUUCCUAAAGCUUAAUUAAUAUAUAUUGAUUAAUCUAAGUGUGAAUAGUGUAUCAAUAUUAAUAUAUACGUUUAAGUUUGGAAAA